AUGGUGACUCCUCUUAUCGGAACACAUGAAGGUGAGCAUUUGUUACAGAAAAGCGUGUUUCAUAAUGCUGAACUGGCGCAGCUUGCAAUUUCCAUUACAAUUGCAAAUCUGAAAUCUUUUCCAGGGGUAUCUUGCGACGGUUGCAGUAUGACCGCAUUCAUCGGCAACCGAUACAAAUGCCUCCGAUGCGGUGAUUACGACCUGUGCUUUGCGUGUUUCACAAUGAAAAAUUACGGAGAUCAGGGAAUCGAUGCUGCUAUCAUUCAUGACGAAACUCAUCCGAUGCAGUUGAUUCUCAGUUCCAUUGACUUUGGUAAGACAUUAGAAAGUUAUUUCGUAAAAAAACCGUUUUUAGAACUGGUGUACGAAGGCGAUCCAGCGAGACGUUACGACGAACGGAAAAUUGUUUCGUUCACUUGUCCAUAUUGCAAUCUUACCGGACUCACAGAACGACAAUUCGGAAACCACGUCACCACAUCUCAUCCGGAGCCUCCGGGAUACUCGGUCAUCUGUCCAGUUUGCAUCGGGAUAAACGACUUAGAGCACAGCCAUUCAAGAGACACGGAAAAUCUCUUUCAGCACUGGGCGGAGCAUCAUAGUAAUUCGUAAGGGUUCCAUAAAAACGAAUCUUAUUUUGUAUCACAUUCAGGGUUGAAGCGGCGUUCCGCGCAGAGCCCACAACUACUCGUCCUGCCCAGAGGCGACCGAUGUUGGCAAGAAGAACGCAGAGAACGGCGGCCACGAGGACAGCCGCUGCGACGACUGCCAGAAUCGGCAUGGAGGAUAUUCCCACUGAAAUGAUCGACAUUCUGCGGCAACUGAGACCUGAUGAUGAAUUCAGAAGAGUUACUGAAAUGCUGAAUCCAGUCACUCACGCGGCUGUCGUUCGGCACGCUCAACGAAUGAUGGCUGGAUACGACAGAACGCCAGUGCUGGUGGAAAGUGCGCAGCCCGUACGUGAUCACGAGCGAGAGUCUUCUCAGCAAAUGAUCCGUCCACUGAACACUUUCCCUAUCUACCCGGUGACGUCUGAAUCGGAAGAUGAAACGCCGCAACCCGAAGAAGAUUCUGCCGACGAGUCGGUAGAUUUCAACUAUGUUCCUCGGCAGCGCGAAAUUCAUGUGCCGGAGGUGAGUACAUCCCUUUUGAGAUGAGGAAGAAAAGAAAACUUCGUUUCCGUUGGAGGUAGAAGGAAGCCCCGAGAAUCCUUUCGAAUAGUCACGGAUAGACAUAACAUAUAAUGAGUUUAUUUUUGAGAUAAUCCCUUUUUUUUUACGUCUGUCGUCCAUAUUGACGUGUACAACGGAAAGGACGAUAGAUUAGGAUUAAAAAAUGGCAAAUUAGCGAUUAUUAUAGGUUGUCGAAGACGAUGAACUGGAAAACGACCGUUUUUGGAAUGCUUUCAAAAAAAGAAUUAGCCCAGAGGAACUAGCGACGGUUCUGGUAUCGUUGAAGACCUUGGGAAAACAGAAGGACGACAGAGAGGAUAAGAUUCCCGUGUGGAGCAACCGGCACAUUAGAAUCUCCAAAUCGAGCUACGCCGCCAAUCCUGACUCGGAAGGUGAGCAGAAUGCUAACAGGGUGGCAGUGAAAAAUGAUAAUUUGCAGGAGAACAAGCCUGGCUUCCCGUUGUCUUCGAAUGCACUCCGAUCCGCUCGACCGCCUGCGGAGGAUACUGGUCCGACAAACGAUUUCUCCGUCCACGGAAAGUGCAAAGAGAACAGAGCGUUGCCAGUUCGAAUGCCGAAAUUAUGGAAAAGGCCGAAGUGGUGAUGGCUCUUUGCAGAGCAUCUUGCAACAAAGAGCCAGUUUUCAGUAAUCCUUCGAGACCCGGUAUUCUAUCUUUAGUCUUUGUUUGUCUUAUCUUCUGUAUUCAGAUGUCUCUCUGAGAGAGGCACUACAGCACCUAAAUCUCGGGACGAAACCAGCCAAAAUAGAGUAUCAGGCGGCAGAAGAACUUGUUCGAAUGCCGGAAAGAGAUCCUAUCACGACGGGAGAAGAGUCGUUCGAAAUGCCCGAUUUCACGGCUAGUGGAUACUCGCAGAUUGUCGACGGGAAUGUUCCAUUGGGAGUUGUUCCGGAAGCUGAUGAGUCAGUUGAUUCCAGAAUUUCGAGUCGCCAAAAAAUUCAGUUUCAGGGCCAUAACUGCUUCCGAGGACGAAGAUGCUGGAGACUCAUCGGAAGAGGACGAGGAAGAUCAUGAAGACGAGGACGAGGACCAGGACAGUUCGAUCCCUGAAGAAAUGAACAUCCCUUCUAUCUGA